AUGGGACAAAUUGCCCAUCGGUACAUCCGAGGAAGCUUCCUGGACGGUGCCUGUGGGGAGGUUCCGGGAAGUUGUGGAUCGGGAGGGAGGAGGCAGGAGGGGAAGGGGUGUGCGGCAGAGGAGGGAGAGCAGCAGCCGCAGCAGCAGGAGGGUUUGCUGCAAAACAGGACAGUGCAACAGAGGGAGAAGCAGGAGGAGCAGGAGGAGCAGGAGGAGCAGCAGGGGCAGCAGGAGCAGCAUGAAGAGCAGAGAGAACGGGGCCUUAGAAAAGGAGAGGAAGAAGAUUCGCCUCUGAUACCACAGCAGCAGCAACAGGCCUCCCUUCCCUCCUCGCCACCACCAUACCCUCUCUCCUCGCCUCUCUUCAUCCCGUGUGGCCGGACGCGAUCCAAGCUGGCGGUGAAGCAGCAGGCGUCAGUGCUGACAAGGCUCAGCCACGGGUACAACUGGAUGCUCAGGCUGAACAACGUGGCAUUCGUGCUGCUCAUAAUGGCAUCUCCAGUCAUCCUCGCUCUCAUCUUCACGCCUCUCUUCGUCAGCCUUGCCUCCGGCUUCGCCUUCCCCCCAGACAGCCCUGAGUUUGAAUCUCUCGACAUUCACACUAUUCUCUCUGGCCCGCUCGCGCCGCCUCUCGACCAAUGGGAGCGCGCCAGCAGGGCGGGUCCGGUGGCGGUGGCGCUGUGCUGGGUGUGUGCUGCGCUCGUGCGUGUGGGGCAGUGGCUGUAUGUGGUUCUGCACUUCUUCCUCUUUGCCCUCUCCCUCUGCACCACGUUCGGAGGUUCGCCUCUGCAGGUGCUCUCCCCCUCUGCUCUGAUGCUCGCCAAUCUACUCACGCUGCUCGCUCAGCUCAACUUCGUCUUCCUCAGCGGUGCAGUCUUUGCUCGCAUCGGCCGGCCAGCAGAGACGGUGCGGUGCUCUCGCUUUAUCACUCUUGCAACUCAGGCCUUGACUGGCCAUGGCACGGAGAAGAGAAGGAUUCUCACAGCACGGUUUGCCCUGGUUGGGCUGAACUCCCACGAGCUGGUGAACGUGAAGGUCGCCCUCUCGCUGCGCCUCUUCCUCCCCUCCCCUUCCGGGGGUGUGCACUGCUCCUUGCAUGAUCUCGAGCUUGUGAAAUCUGAUCUGCCCUACAUGCGCUUUGGCUUCAAUCUGCGCCACAUAGUGGACGAAUCGAGUCCUCUGCACGGCCUCUCACUCAGCGACCUGCUGGCAGCAGAUGCCUCCUUCUCCCUCACCAUCUCCGGUCUUGAACGCACCACCAUGCAGCCGGUGUUCGUGGUCAAGGAGUACUAUGCCUACGAUGGCGAGAUGUUGUGGGACUAUGAGUUUCUCGACCUCAUACGCAUCGCAUCGGAUCUCGUUCCCACUCUGGAUCACUCUCGAUUGGACGCUGUGACACCCAUCAACAACAUGCACACCUGA